GGUGACAUCACGUCAAAGGCCGGUUCUCUGGGGCCAAGUCGCUGUAGCUCUUUACUUCCGCGUUGCUUUUGCUGUAAUUUGCGCGAGGCUGAAGAAGCGAUAAGAUGUCUCACCAGACCGGCAUCCAAGCCACAGCAGAGGUGAAACAGGUCUUCACCAGGGCACGUAAUGGAGAGUACCGACUCAUUAAAGUGGUCAUUGAAAACGAACAGCUUGUGUUGGGAGGAACCAGAUCUGUGGCCCAAAAAUGGGAACUGGAAUGGGACAGUUACAUCCUGCCUCUUCUGGAGGAAAACAUGCCUUCAUACAUCCUCUACAGGCUGGACAGCACCAAUAAUCAGGGCUACGAGUGGAUCUUCCUAGCAUGGUCCCCGGAUAAUUCGGCAGUUCGGCAGAAAAUGCUCUAUGCUGCUACUAGAGCCACGCUGAAAAAGGAAUUUGGUGGCAGUCACAUAAAAGAGGAACUCUUCGGCACUGUGAAGGAUGAUUUGUCACUAAACGGCUAUAAGAGGUACUUGGCGUCCCAGGCUGCUCCGCACCCUCUGACUGCCGCUGAGGAGGAACUGAGGCAAAUCAAACUCAGUGAGGUGCAGACAGACAUCCACCUGGACACGAAGCAUCAGACGUUGCAGGGUGUAGCUUUCCCCAUGCAAAGAGAUGCUAUCGAAGCCUUGGAGCAAUUCAGAAACAAAAGGAUUAACUACGUUCAGCUGGAAAUUGAUUUUCCAAAAGAGUGCAUCAAAUUAUCCAGCACAGCUCCGACAGAGUUACGCGACCUGCCCACACGAAUCCCUAACGACGCUGCACGCUACCACUUCUUCCUCUACAAACACACACACGAAGGAGACUACCUCGAGUCCACGGUGUUUAUAUACUCCAUGCCUGGAUACAAAUGCAGCAUUCGAGAGAGGAUGUUGUACUCCAGCUGCAAAAACCCCCUCAUAGACACGGUGGAAAAUAAGCUGCAGAUUGACAUUGCCAAAAAGUUGGAGAUCGAUAACGGUGACGAUCUCACCAGUGACUUCAUGUAUGAAGAGGUGCACCCAAAGCAGCAUGCUCACAAGCAAGCCUUCGCCAAACCCAGGGGUCCAACCGGGAAGAGGGGGGGCCGCAGAAUCACACGUGCUCCAGGUGACGCAGGGGAUGAGGAUUAACUCUGUUUAACAUCCGUCCACUUUUGUGUGCUAAACCUUUUUUUUAAUGUUAGAACUCCUACUCUACCUUAAAGCCGCUAACUCGUGUCUCCUUAGACCUGCGUAUCUAUGCACAAAGGAAAACACUACACUAGGAUACAGCCUGAAUGAGCAGCUCGUUCAGGGAUCUGUGAAAUUGAAUGAAGACACACUAAAUGUACUUACACUGCUUAUUUACACCGCUUCUCAAACGCAUAUUACACCAAAUUUUAGCAGGAAGGAUGUUUAAAUGCAGGUGCUCACUUCAAGCUGGGAUGUCAUUUACAAAGCGUUUAGCAGAAAGGUUACAAAGUAGAAACGCUUUGUGAAUACGGCUUUCUGCCCAUUUUUUGGCCUCAUAAAUUCUGAGACUGAAAACAAAACUCUGUUGAGUAGAAUUGAGCAACUUUUCCUUCCCAGUCCAUGACUGAAUUAAAGAACUCUAUUCAAUAAUUCAACAAUCAGGUCCAUUUUUCUCAUUUCCUCAGAUCACCAUGUUUGCUCCCGAAUAAGCAAAAUUACAUCCCGAGGCGUUUAAUCAAGUUCAUCAAUAAUGUCCUGACGUCUCAGCUGAGCAGCCCUGUUUCAUUUAAGUCAGGUUAUUUUAAUGAAGGAGUUUCAUGAAGUGCCACAAAUAAUGAAGAAAUAAUUUUUUAAAAAGUCUAAUUCUGAAUAACGGACUGUGUUUUAUAAUAUAGAAUGCUUUGAUAACACAAAAAGGGAAAUUUUCUAAAUAUUUCGAAAUAACCAGUCAAUCAUGCUCUCUGUCAGUUGUUCAACUGGUAAGGACUCGUACUGAAAUUCUAUUUUUCUAAGACUGAACAUUUGGUACUGUAUGUCCAGAUCACAUUGUUUUAAUCUUUACAUCUGUCUUAAUGGACAUCCGUUUUUCUUUCCUAAUUUAAUGUUCCAAAUACACUCCAGGACUUUUUUGUCCGUACCAUGUAUACAUUGACUUUGUUCAGCGUUUUUAUGAAGACCAUUAAAACCUCUUCUAAAUGAAGGUACUGCAAAAAGAGAAUACACAACAGAUCUACUGUAUAGAAAAACCACUACAAUUCAUAUACUAGUGUGUUAAUGAAGCUUCAUUUAAAUGCAACAUGGUACACUAUGUCAUGUCUGAAACGUCUGUGUUUUUUAACAAAUGGAAUUAACGACAUAGGAAGAUUAAAAUAUUUAUAUUAUA